AUGGACGUCGACGACAGGGGCAUUGCCCGCAGCUCGACCGCCGCCGAGCCGAUCGAGUCUGGUACCCCCCCUACGCCACCGGCCGAGCACGGUCACGAUACCGAGGACAGCGGGGACAAGUCUGGCAGAGAUGACGAUGGUGACGGGACGGCCGCUCAGCCGGCGGCAGCAGAUGAUGCUGGUGGCCCUAGGCCUACACCGCCAAGUGCAGCGGGCACCGGGCCGACGACGGGCACCGCGACUCCCAGUCCCGUCAAGACGCCAAGAGUGCCGUUCACGCCCCUCGUCACAGUCGUGGGCUUCCAUCACGCCCGUGGCCCAGAGGUCGAGAGCUGGUUCGGCGUCGACGAGGGCGUCGACCCUGCCGCCAAGUACAAUUGGGGUCUGCUGCCGUUCAUGGCCCUGAGCGACGGUGCACACGCCUCCGAAGAAGAAUUCUCCUACUUUACCCUCCUAAAGCCCGAGUCGUCCGAAGGCCCGGCUACCAGCCUGUUCGGCAUCUCGUGCACGCGCCAGCUGGACUCGACCCAGCUCAUCAACCGACCCGAUGACGUGACGCGGUCCACGGUGCAAAAGGCCGUCGUCGUCAUCGCCGACAGUCCGAAGUCGUUUGGCCUGAUGCGCCAGCGCCUGGGCAUCGUCACAAAGGCCUGGUUCGACCAGCGCGACUUCACCGACGUCGACAUCCUCAAGAGGUUCCAGGAGAGCCUGUCCGAGGAAAAGUCGAGGGGCAUCCUCGAGGAGGAGGCCGACCGCGACCAGUACAUCGGCAUGAGUCUGAGGGAGCUCGUCCACGAGUUCAGGUGGCAGACUCUGGUCUUGCUCAAGUGUUGUCUCCUACAGCCCAAGAUGCUCUUCUUUGGAUCGAAGUGUGAUCGGUUGUGCAUGGUGCAGUUUGCCCUGGUAUCGCUCAUUCCCGGCCUCAUGCGCAACCUACAGGACUGCGCGGACCCCGAACUUAACAGCUACGAGACUGGCCUGACCAAGCCCACGAGUCUGCAGAGUAGUAAUCGCAACUCGCUGCUGUCGUUCAUGGGUCUUCCCCUGCAAGUUUUUGGAAAGGGAAGUCUGUUCGGGCCCUACACGCCCCUCCAGCAGCUGGACGUGCUGGCCGACUUCGGGACCAAGUCGUACAUAGUAGGCAGCACCAACUCGCUGCUCCUGCAGCAGAAGGACCGGUACAGCGACAUCCUGAUCAACCUGGACGAGGACAGCGUGAGCAUCACGUCGUCGUCGCUGCGGCAGGCGCUGGCACUGACGGCGGCGGACCGUCGCUGGAUCGACUACCUGACGCACGAGGUCAACGAGACCUGGGACGAGUCGGACCCGAGCCGGCCCAACAAUAUGCAGUACGCUGGCAGCGAGGAGUUCAUCCGGUCGCAGUUCGAGGCCUACAUCCUGGGGCUCAUCUCGUCGGUAAAAUACCACAACUACCUCGUCCUCAACGGCGGGGCAGACGUGUACGGCUCCAGCAGCGCGUCGCCGGCGACCGAGGCCGACCCGGCCAUCGACUACGGCCUCGACUGGGUCGAGGCGUGGUCGCGCACCACGAACUACCGCAUGUGGGACGCCAACACCGACGCCAACCUCUUCGCCGUCUCGGAGCCCCGCCACCCCUGUGCCGGCGGGCUCACGAUCGAAGACGUCCAGCGCCGCAUAGCCGACCAGGUCAAGGAUCUGCACAUCGACGAGCGCCUCGCCCAGGGCCGCGACAUGCUCGGCCGCAACCUGGCCGCCGGCCGCGACAAGGCCUCCACCAUGUUCAGCCGCAUAUACUCUGACGUGGAGUACCUGCGUGAAUCUCAGCGGCGUCGCGCCGAAGAUGCCGCCGCCGCCUCCAACCCGGCCGGCACGGAGAAGACCAACGUCUCGUCCCCCUCUCCCUCCUCCCCUCGCGCCUCGUCCCCCUCCCCCUCCCAGACCUCGACGUUCUCUGACAUCAUCAAGGCCCAGCAGCAGACAGCAGGCGCCCGCGCAAGCGCCUACAUGUCCAGCUGGGCGGCCUGGGCGGGCGAGAAGCGCAAGACAAGCGGAUGGGGUGCAUCGUGGGGGUCUGGUCGCAACAACAACAACAACAACAACAACAACAGCAACAGCAACAAUAAUGACAAUAAUAGCAGCAGCGGCAGCAGCAACAGCAACGGCAAGUCACGUUCUCCGACAGACGGCGCCAACAAGCCCACAGACGACGCCUCGUGGUCCACCUCUACGCCCACGCCCAUGAGCCCCGGCAGCCGGAGCUCCGAGAUCGACAGGUCGGCAUACACCAGCCUGGACAGCGACAGGAAACAUCCCGGCCACUCUCAGCAGCCCAGCUUCAGCGAGAGUAUCCUGUCCGGGGUGACUGAUGAGUCUGGUCGUCCGGCCACGGGGCACAGCUCUUCUGCCUCGGAUUCUCACGAGAAGAAGGAUUCACAACAUCAACAAUCUUGA